AGUAAUAUCAAUUUCAGUGUUGACCAUCUCUGUGAAUUGACUUGCUCCGGCUCUUCAAACUGCUUGCUUGGAAGGUUGCUUUCCCAACUACAAGUCAAUCCCACCUAUAUAUUCGAUCAAUCCUACCUAUAUAUUUGAUGAUCACAGCGGGAACAAAUGUCUGAUAGUUGAAGAAAAGCAAUGGCAGAAGUCAAGAAAAUAAUGGUGGCAGUGGAUGAGAGCGAGUUCAGUCAUUAUGCGCUGGAAUGGGCUUUAAACAAUCUGCAGCUCUAUGGGAAAGACGUUUCUCUCGUUGUUUUGCAUGCACAGCCAUUCAUCGCCAUCAACAGCGCUGCAACAAUGGGUGUUACGCCUCCAGAAUUAAUUGAAGUGCUCUUGAAUCAACAGAAGCAAGUUUCUGAAGCACUCCUUGCUCGUGCUAAAGAGAUAUGUGCUCAAAAGAAUGUGAAUGUUGAGACUAUGGUGGAGAUAGGAGAUCCAAAAGAUGCUAUAUGUGAUGCAGCAGAGAAAAUGCAAAUUGAUCUUCUUGUUUUAGGAAACCAUGGCUAUGGAAUGGUAAAGAGAGCCCUUUUAGGGAGUGUGAGCAGUUAUUGUGUUCAUCACGCAAAAUGCCCAGUUCUUGUUGUUAGGAAGCCCUCUUAAUGUAACAAAGUGUAUGGAUAAGUGCAGAAGUUAUUUAUAAAUUGGAAGGUCGAUGUUAAAACUUGAAGAUUCUUUGUGAUUAAGUGUGUAUAGAAACAAUUGUCUAUUUUGAUGAGGAAGAGAAAUAUUCUCUCAAACCUCUUUAAAUAAGUGGAUGAAGUUUAUUUUUAGAGAUUGCAAUCUACCCACUACUGUAAGUGGGAAGUUACUUUUAAUAUUUAAGGGAACAUAUCUUGGAGUUUUUCCAAAUAUUAAAUUGAUUUGAUUUUAUGGCUUAUAAAAUUAAAUUUGAAACCUCAA